AUGUCUGAUAUUUUAGUUGUUAUCCCUAGCCGCCUAGAAUCAACGCGUUUGGCGCAAAAGCCCUUGGCUGAUAUUGGUGGAACGCCUCUCGUCGUCCAUGCUUGGCGCCAUGCCGUCAAUGCCGAUGUGGGCGAGGUUAUUGUCGCAUGUUGUUCAGAACAAGUUGCUGAUGUUGUAGAAUCCUCUGGAGGAAAGGCGGUCUUAACAGACCCGGCCCUUCCUUCCGGAUCUGAUCGUGUCCACGCAGCAGCCCAAGCAAUUGGAGGUUCUGCAGAAAUCAUUGUUAACUUACAAGGAGAUCUCCCUUCAAUCCGUCCAGAAACGGUUCGGGGAGCUUUAAAGCCUUUAGACAAUCCUCAAAUUGACAUUGGAACAGUGGCUGCAAUCAUGGCUCCUGAACUUAAGAAUGAACCAAGCGCUGUCAGCAUUGCAACACACCUUGAUGAAAAUGGCCUGGGACGCGCCCUUUAUUUCUCCCGCUCUCCCAUUCCUUGGGGAGAAGGCCCCCUAUAUCAUCACGUUGGCCUUUAUGCUUACCGCC